CUCACAAGCAACCUGGAACCACCUGUGCACGCUAGGAUCACAACCCAUCUUGAUCCACCAUGUCGGUUUCGAAGCAGACGGGUACACUGUUGGAAAACCUUCCUCAACGUCUGGUAAAUUUCUUUUCUCGGUAUCCUCCUCAAACCCACUCCGCAGCUGUCCGCCGCCCUGCCCCUGCGAACGGAGAGGGCUAUGUACCAACGAAGGUAGAAUCCCCAUACACACCAGACCGUGACGCCAAGGGUGCCCCGGGAGAGAAAAAGCAUGGCUGGACUCCUUCACGCGCACUCCUUGUGACCAGCGAUGAAGUCCGCAAUCCAUUUCUUCCGCACAAGCGAUUCGGCAAAUGGGAAGCACCGAAAUAUGGGCUGCGCCAGCAGGCCGAUCUGAUGAAGCUUGCCAUCAAAUACAAUGUGGGGGCUCUUCUUCCUCCUAGUCGCAAAUCACCUGAAUUCAAGGAGACACGGCGUGCAGAGCGUGGUUUGCAGGUUAAGGGAACUGGUGUUGGCCAUAAGGUUAAGGGUCACAAGUGGGAGCGUACCAUGGAGUCACGUCUCGAGGACCGUCGCAAAGCAAUGGAGGGAAUGCCGGAAAUGGUCCGCAUGUGGAAGCAGAGAGGUCAUGGCCGUGGCUGGAGACAAUGGCCCAAGCGGUAAUGGGAAUGCCCUACCGCCACACAUCACAGCAUCUUCUUUCUCUUCUUUAUUUUGGCCAGAUUGUUCAUUCUGGCUUUUCAAUGCUCUGUCGAUUCCAACGCGAACCGGAUUGACACAUCCUUGUACGAGCUAUAGCAGGAGCUUGGGACGGAGUUUUGUCUUUGAAGUAUACUAUCAACCCCAUCUGUACAAUACAAUCUACGGUUACAUCGCCAAAUGGUACCUAAGAAAAACAUUUACAUGUAUCCGGCCGGUGUUACCUUUCAUCAUCUUUAACACCAAUAAGAAACAUAUUUGC